AUGGCUCUGCGGGCACCCGGCGCCCUCGCCGAGCCCGGAGACCUACGCAAGAGCGUGGUGAAGGUCUUCGUGAGAUCUGCCCACGCAAACUGGACCUCACCGUGGCAGACCCAAUCACAGACCUCUUCAACCGGAUCUGGCUUCUGCAUCGAUGCGUCCCGUCAGCAGGUGCUGACCAAUGCCCACGUCGUCAGCCACGCGGUGGUCGUGCGUGUGCGCCGCUAUGGGCAGGCCGUUAGCUACCCUGCCAGUGUGCUUUGUUCGUCUCCACAAUGCGACCUUGCCGUGCUGGAGGUCACGGACUCUGGCUUCUGGGAGGGCCUCGGCGCCAUCGAGCUCUCCGAAGAGAUCCCACCGCUCGAUGCCGAUGUUCUCACCGUGGGAUAUCCUAUGGGCGGCGAGAACAUCUGCGUGACGCGGGGCGUGGUGUCACGCAUCGACCUGAUGGACUACACCUUCUCCCCCAUAGGCGGUGAGCGGCAGCUGGUGAUCCAGGUCGACGCCGCAAUCAAUCCUGGAAACUCCGGAGGCCCGGUGCUCGAUGCUCAGGGCAGGGCAGUCGGCGUUGCAUUUGCCGGGCUGCGUGCCAGCGCCAACAUCGGCUAUGUGAUCCCCGGUGCGGUGGUGCAUUUCUUCCUUCGCAGCCUUCGCGGGACGCCCGUGGGUUUGGCAAAGGGCCUCUGCUCCCUCGGCGUUCGCCUGCAGCACGCCAAGUCGCCGGCGCUUCGGCGCCUCAGGGGCUUGGAGGAGGCUCGAGGCGACGGGGUGCUGGUGACCGAUGUUGCGCCGCAGUCUCCCGCCGCGGACGCAGGUAUCCAGGUUGGGGAUGUGCUCCUGGCUGUAGACGGCGUGCCUGUGGCGGAGGAUGGCACCGUUCCCCUCCGUGACAUGGAGCGGAUCGGGUUCGAGUUUCUGAUCACUCGGAAAGUGGUCGGCGAGACCAUGAGACUGCAGCUCCUCCGCGCUGCCUGCGGCGACAAGGAGGACCGCAAGGCAGUCGCCGUCGCGGCCGUCGCGGCCAGGGUCGAGUUGGAGCUGCAGGCCGAUUAUGUCGAGAAGCUCGUUCCCAGAAGAGAUGGUGGGCGCCCGAGAUUUUCGUCCGUGUCAGAGCGGCCUGUCCGAGCCGCCAAGAGCCCCGACCUCUCACUGCCGUCCUUCCAGUCGCGACUGGCGGAGUGGGGCGAACAGUGUUUGAGAUUUCAAGCCUCGCGCGAGACAUGGGUGCCAACGAAACCCUGCUGCCCGGCAAACCCGUUUCUGGACCUAGAAGCUUGCCGCUGGCAAGGCUUGAAGAACGGCUCGGCGAAAGCAUGCGUGCAACUCCUAAGCAUAGAGGAGCUGUGUGAAUUACACCGUUUCUUCCUCGAGAAUCCGCACCACGAGCUUUCUCAAGAGCAGCCCGAGGCCUCCAAUCCGCGGCCUAAUCUGAUCUGCAUGCAGAUGCGGCCCUGGGGGGGCAUGCAGGAGCUGUCGACGGCCGAUCCUGUCUCCGGACCUGCGAGCUCCGUCACGGAACCCUCGGAGGUAGAGCCGAGCUCUGCUCAGCAGAAAGCCCCAGCAUCCGGCUCUCAGGUGAGGGGCGUUUACGAGGCCCAGGCCAGGGCCCGGGAGCUGGCGGAAAAACUGGCUUCUGGCUCCACCGUGACAGAGGCGGUCGCCACGCCCCUCAACAGUGAGUCUGCGGUGAAUAGCGUAUACUUUCACACUGGGCACCAGAGGUGGGCUUUUAGAUUGUGGGAUUUCUGCGCCAAAGAAAUGAGAUACGGAGGCAGUUUCGAGUCGAAGGAGGAGGCCGAGGCCAAGGCCCGGGAGCUGGCGGAAAAACUGGCUUCUGGCUCCGCUGUGACGGCCGCAGUGAAAGGCGUUCAGUAUUGCAAAAAGCGUCAGUGCUGGCGAGUUGCUGUUUAUGACCCCUCCACCAGGAAAGUGAGAUACGGAGGCAGUUUCGAGUCGAAGAAGGCGGCCGAUGCCAAGGCCCCGGUGCUGGCAAAGAAGCUAAAGCCAAAACCCAAACCUGCGAAAGCUUCCGAUUCCGCUGUGGGCAAAACCAAGCGGAAGCCUGGCUCCGAUGUCAAGGGCGUGUAUUGGAGCUCCGCCAGAACGCGGUGGCAAGUGCGCGUGUAUGACCCCUCCCGGCGGAAUGCAGUAUACGCGGGCUCUUUCAGGUUGCAGAAGGAGGCCGAGGCAAGGGCGCGGAAGCCGGGCAAAAAUUUGGGGUUGCAGGGCAAGCGAAAGCGAAAAGUGGCCAAGAGCCGCUAG